AUGAAUGGCGGCGAUCUGAAAAAGGCUGCUGCCGCUGCUGCUAACGGUACCGCGGGCAAGAAACGCAGGAAGGCCUCUGAUCUCAAGCCCAUCAUCACCAACGAGGAGUCUGAUCCAGCUACCAUGUCCAGCACCCAGUCCGUUUACACCUCCUCCCUCCCCAUUUCGCCCCUGUCGCGAGCUUCGUCGUCCUCGUCAGAGGAAGAAGUCGACGCUGCAGACGAGGAAGACUCCGAGGACUACUGCAAGGGGGGCUACCACCCGGUCUCCGUGGGCGAGUCCUACAACAACGGCCGCUACAUCGUCGUCCGCAAGCUCGGCUGGGGCCAUUUCUCGACCGUCUGGCUGUCCCGCGAUACCACCACGGGCAAACACGUCGCCCUCAAAGUCGUGCGCUCUGCCGCCCACUACACCGAGACCGCCAUAGACGAGAUCAAGCUUCUCAACCGCAUAAACAGCGCCAACCCUGACCAUCCGGGCCGCAGACAUGUCGUCAGCCUGCUCGACUCGUUCGAGCACCGUGGCCCCAACGGAGUCCAUGUCUGCAUGGUCUUCGAGGUCUUGGGAGAGAACUUGCUCGGCCUCAUCAAGCGCUGGAACCACAGAGGCAUCCCCAUGCCCCUCGUCAAACAAAUCACAAAACAGGUCCUCCUCGGCCUAGAUUACCUGCACCGCGAGUGUGGCAUCAUCCAUACCGAUCUCAAACCUGAAAACGUCCUCAUCGAGGUUGGAGAUGUCGAGCAGAUCGUCAAGUCUUGCGUCAAGGAUGAAGAGAAGAAGGCCGAUACCAGAGACGAUAAUAGAAAUGGCAGACGGAGACGGAGAACUCUCAUCACAGGCAGCCAGCCGCUCCCCAGCCCGCUCAGCGCCAGCUUCAGUGGCGGGGACCCUUUCCGCAACGUUACUCCCUCCAUGCAGAGCUCCCAUAGCAGCCUCAACCAGGUCCUUGCUGAAUCUCCUCGUAAGAUACUCUUAUCCCUCUUUCCCUAUUUUUGGAUUACCUUAGUAUCUCUUCUAACUUCCACAGUCUCUGCUACCCCUACCACUCCCUCCAAACAAUCCAUGAAAGAUAAACUUGGCAUAAAGGAUUCGGACGCAGCUGCCGACGAAAAACAGAAACAAAGAGAAAAAACUACCAGCGACCUGCUUGAACGCGAAGUCUCAGGCAUCUCCCUCAACAAAGAUACAGACCAGUCCAUGGCCGGCGACCAGUACAAUAUCGAUAUUAUCUCCGUUAAGAUAGCCGAUCUGGGUAACGCCUGCUGGGUUGGACACCACUUCACAAACGAUAUCCAGACCCGACAAUACCGCUCGCCGGAAGUCAUACUCGGAGGUAAAUGGGGCGCCAGCACCGAUAUCUGGAGCAUGGCUGCGAUGGCAUUCGAACUUAUUACCGGAGACUACCUGUUCGACCCGCAGACCGGCACCAAAUAUGGUAAAGAUGAUGACCAUAUUGCUCAGAUCAUCGAACUUCUAGGUCCUUUCCCCAAAUCUCUCUGUCUAUCCGGAAAGUGGAGUCAAGAAAUCUUCAACCGGAAGGGAGAGCUCCGCAAUAUUCACAGACUACGCCACUGGGCACUGCCUGACGUCCUUAGAGAGAAGUAUCACUUUUCCGAGGAAGAGAGCAAAGCCGUGUCCGACUUUUUGAUCCCGAUGCUCGAACUCAUACCUGAACGAAGGGCAAAUGCAGGCGGGAUGGCUAACCAUAAAUAUCUCAACGGCACCAAAGGAAUGGAUCACAUUUCCCUUAACAUUCCUGUGGGAAGUCGAGGAGAAGGCAUCGAAGGUUGGGCAUCAGAGGUCAAGAGGAGAUGA